AAGAUCUUUUUCCCAAACAAACCUCUGGAGACAUGACCCAAGCAGAUUUCCAAAAGAAUUUCCGUUUGGUUUUGGAAAAAAUCUUCAACAACUGGCAAAAUUUGCGACUAGCUGUUGAACAUGGAAUGGGUGGACGUAAUGGACAACAACUAGCAAUUGAAAUUAUGGACUACACAUACAAAUAUUGCAUAGGCAAUGAAAAUAUAACACAAGGCGAACUGCAAGAUGUUUUGGAAGACUUAUUAGAUCAGGAAUUCGACACAAUCUGUGAUGACAACUCAAUUCCAGAGAUCUGCCGUAAUUUAUUGCGUUACAAAGCGCUCUGUCUUAAAGGCGAGUAUGCGCUAAUUGAAAGCGAAUUAAGCAAACUGCCACAGGGUAAAGACUGGUUGCGCCCAGAUGUAAAAAUUGUGUAUACACCAGUUGCAGGAGAAGAUUCAUCUUCAGACGAAGAUGAUGAGAGUGGUGACUCAGAAGAUGGUAUGGAUGUAGACGAUGAUGACAGUGAUUUGGCCAGUUGUAGCCGUGUAACAAGAUCGCAAACACGCAGAAAACAACAGGAAGAAUUCGUUGAACCUGAACCUGGCUGGACAACUGUGCGUACUAGAAGGAAGUAGUAUAUAUUCGUAAAAAAAUUUCACAUAACUUAACUAACGUAGUUAAAUAAACGAGUUCACGCAUGUUAUAUUUUAAAGUGAAAACUCAAAA